AUGCGUCCGGGCUACGUUCUGCUGCUUGUGGCAGCCGCUCUCGUCGGGACCCUGGAUGCUGCCGCGGGUGGUACUGCCGUCGCGCCUUCCAAGCCCAAGGUGGUAAACCGUGUCGAUCUCGACAAAAGCACCGGAAACGACCACCGAUUCCUGAGAUCGCACAAGGUUGAUUACGACAACAGCGAUGGUUACGACGCCAGCGACGAUGCAGAAGAAGCAGGGGAGGAGGAGGAGGAAGAAGAGAUGGGCUGGGUGGUCACGUUGAAGGCGAACGCUGUGCUGUUGAGGCUGUCGAUGACGAACUCGGCUGAUAACAUGGGUCCGAUUCUUGCCGAGAUCAGAGAUGCUGGCGUCCUGGCAGCUUUCUUUGAAAAGCUCGUGCCGCACCUGAAAAGGAUCCUGCCGGCCUAUGAAAACGGAUUGGACGUCAACAAGUUCGACGGGUUGCUACAAGCAUCCAACCUAUCGGACGACGUGCAGACCGUGCAGCUCAGUGCGUACUCGAAGUACUGGUUCACCAACCAUUAG